GGCGAAGGAAAGUGCGUCGUUGGGGUUAGUGAUACUGAUGCGGACUUCGCAGCUGGGGCUACGGGUGGUUCGAAGCAACACACUCUUUUGGAAAACGAGAUGCCCUCACACUCGCAUACAUUCGCUGAUUCUUAUAGAAAUACGACUUUUCCUGGUGCGGAUUUUAGUUAUGGUCCAAAUUGGGCUGCUGUCCCCACAAAUGUGAUAGACCAAGCCGAUACUACUAACUCUGCUGGUGGUUCGCAACCUUUUAACAUUAUGAACCCAUACAUUUCGUGUUAUAUGUGGCGACGCACAGCUUAAUUUCUAUCUAUAAAGUAGUAAUGAGUUUCGUUCAGGCACUUAGUUCAGCAAGAAGAAAUCAGGUUAUUUCAGCUAUGAAAACUACCUCUUCGGGGGCUAUUGAAAUGACUGGUGAUAUACAGAUUACGGGUGCUUUAGAGGCUCAAAGUAUAGGAACAACACUACUAAAUACCAUAUUCCCAAUAGGCAGUAUUUACUUUACGGCGUCUGCGGUAAAUCCAAGCACUUCCAACGGGGGAACUUGGCAACGCUACGCGCAAGGGAAAUGCCUUUUUUCGGUAGAUGAUACUGAUACUGAUUUUAGUUUUGAGACUACUGGAGGUGUAAAAGAGGUAGUUUUAACGGAAGCUCAGAUGCCCUCCCAUUCGCACACUUUAGAUGACUUUGUAAGAGCAGUCCAAACUAAUGGAGCAAUUUACCAUAACGACUUUCAAAAAGUCCCUAAACCAAUAGGCAUUACAACUCUCGCAAAUACUACCGACACCGCGGGUGGAUUGAACGGCACAACACAGCCUUUUAAUAAUAUGCCCCCAUACAUAGCAAUCUACUGCUGGAAAAGAACUUCUUAG